GGGAGGUCAUGUGACCAGGGGGCGUUUGUCACGUGAGCGUCCCAAGAUGGUGGCGGCCAAGCGGGCGCUUCCGUGGUUGGCGGCUUCGCUCCGCCCGAUCAGCUCUACGGCAGCUGGCUCCCUUCCCAAGCAAGUGAAAAUAGUUGAAGUUGGCCCCAGAGAUGGAUUGCAAAAUGAAAAAAAUAUUGUCCCUACACAGGUGAAAAUCAGCUUAAUUAAUAUGCUAUCCGAAACAGGACUUCCGGUCAUAGAGGCUACCAGCUUUGUUUCUCCCAAAUGGGUUCCUCAGAUGGCUGACCACACAGAAGUCUUGCAGGGAAUUCAGAAAUUUCCUGGUGUCAGCUACCCAGUACUGACCCCUAAUCUUAAAGGAUUUCAAGCAGCGGUGGCAGCAGGGGCCAAGGAGGUGUCUAUCUUUGGAGCAGCCUCUGAACUCUUCACUAAGAAGAACAUUAACUGCUCCAUAGAGGAGAGUUUGCAGAGGUUCAGUGAAGUGAUGCAUGCAGCAGGAGCGGCCGGUAUUGCAGUCAGAGGGUACGUCUCUUGUGUUCUUGGUUGUCCCUAUGAAGGAAAGAUUGCCCCUGCUAAGGUUGCAGAGGUAUCCAAGAAGAUGUACUCCAUGGGGUGCUACGAGAUUUCCCUGGGUGACACCAUUGGUGUUGGGACCCCUGGGAGUAUGAAGGAAAUGCUCUCUGCAGUCAUGAAAGAGGUACCCGUCGGGGCCCUUGCUGUUCACUGCCAUGAUACCUAUGGGCAGGCUCUCGCCAACACCUUAGUAGCACUUCAGAUGGGUGUGAGUGUGGUCGAUUCCUCAGUUGCUGGUCUCGGAGGCUGCCCGUACGCACAAGGAGCAUCAGGAAAUGUAGCUACAGAAGACUUAGUGUACAUGCUACAUGGCCUGGGGAUUCAUACCGGAGUGGAUCUACAGAAGCUGAUGGAGGCAGGUGUGUUUAUCUGCAAAGCACUGAACAGAAGAACCAGUUCCAAAGUGGUUCAGGCGUCCAGCAGACUGUGACACGCAUCAGUUUCUCCUCCGACAAGUCAGUGAAGAAAGCUUCAGUGAGGAUCUUGAGCCUUGCCAAGUUUACAUUUGCUGUCUGGGUUGUUCUUAAAUAUUCCCUUUUGGGCUUUGGACUUGGUGAACGGGAGACUAUAUAUAGUAGAAUCUACAAAGAAAUGAAAUAAACAAGAAUGCUUUAGCAGACCUCCAUGAACAUGUUACACAUCUUUAAAGAGAGGGGAGCUGGCCUCUGACAGCGCUGUCGUGAAAUGGACAAACUUGUAUCUGAGGAAAGAGUAAGGGACACACCGUUGCUUUUAUGCAAAGAACAGAAGGCAGGCACCUUGGAAAUUUCUUUGAGCUUUCUUGAUGGGGGUAAUGUUUUUUGUUUGUUUGAGAUUAACAGGGAGCUCAGAAGAUUAGCCACUCAGGUUAAUUACCACCUCCAGGGGAUUGUCCGCAUAGGACUAACACUACAGUGCACCCAGUUAGAGCACUUUCCUUGGGUCAGACUUGUGCUAGCUUCUCAGAACAGCAUGGAGCAAUCCUCUCCUCGCAUCACAAGCAAAAGUUACGAUUGAAAACACAAGGAAGCACCUUUAUUCUAUACAUCGGAGUGAAUAUCAAGGGUGUCGAUCCAGCUUUGGAUCUAGCUCUGAGUAUUCAGUAGUGGAGGAGGGUAUGGGGUCAUAAGAUGCUUUUCAGUUAAUUGUCAGUUGUGUUAGGGAAAGAUUAAUAUUUUAGAUGAUAAAAUCUGUGAGUAGCAAAAAUCUGGUGUGAUUAAACCAGGGGGGAAGAACAACUUAGUAGUACUAAAUGUGUGGCAGGAAAUCGUAUCAGGAUAACUACUGUGUGAGCAGCAUGCUAAUGGGAGAGUGUGGAAGAAGUGCCUUAUGGUUACUGCCCUGCAGAGAAAAUCUAGACCGAGGUUCUCAAACUUCAUUGCACCGCGACUCCCUUCUGUCAACAAAAAUUACUACAUGACCCCAGGAUGGGGACCAAAGCCUGAUCCUGCCCAAGCCCCACUGCCUCAGGUGGUGGGGCCAAAGUCUG